AUGGCUCACCAACCCAACUCCCACGCCCAAGGGCAAUACAUGCAGCAGCAAUUCACCCUUCAGGCCCAACCCCCCCAGCAGAAUCACAUGCAACAACAACAACAACACCCUCUCCAACAAGUCCACCCAUCCCUUCAACCCCACCCCCACCCCCAACCCCAACCCCCGUCUCAAAACCCCCCCCGCCCCAACUUUCAAAUGUCCCUCCUCCCACCCCCCCAAGACCGCCUCUACCCCGACUUCACCACCCUCCUCACCGACGUCAAAUCCUUCGCCCGCACCCAAGGCUACGCAGUCGUCAUCGGCUCCUCCCUCAACCGCGACUCAGAAGGCAACUACCGCCGCUACAACCUCUCCUGCGCCAAAGGCGGCAAGUCCUACGCCUCCCACUCCAAAGGCAUCCGCAACACCCGCUCCACCAAGACCGGCUGCCCCAUGCGCAUGAAGGCCGUGCAGGAAAAGGCCCACCCCUACGACGACAAGUGGCACGUCGUCGUCCAGUGCGCAGAGCACAACCACGAGCCGUUCACCGGCGAACCCGGUGUGAGCGUUCCGGCGCAGUUCAGAAAGAUUGAGCCGGAUGGGGCGAGGUGGCUGAUGAUUAUGCACCGGGAGGCGCAGCUGACGCUGAGGCAGCUGACGAUUGGGAUUAGGAUUAGCUUUGGGGAGAAGUAUCAGUAUGUCAAGAAGAGUGAUGUGAGGAAUAUGUUGGCGAAAAUGAAGAGGGAGGAGGAGAGGAAGGCGGCGCAGCUGGCUGCGCAGCAGGGGUUGCCUAGUAAUGUGCCUUAUACUAUUAUUCCUCAGCAGCAUCAGCCGCCGCCGCCGCCGCCGGUGAGUGUGCAGCAGAUGCCUGCGUUGCCGGAGGGGAUGCACGUACCGGAUCCGGAUCUAGAGAGUGAUGGUGAUGAGGUGGAAGAUUUGUAG